UUUUGCUUUGCACGUUGGAGAGAAAAAAGUGUUUCAGGUGCUGGUGGUGGGGGGUACAGUGGAGUCAAGUACAAGUCGAGUCAAGUACAGCCGAGAGGUGUAAAAAAUCCAAGUAUCAUCGAAAAAGUACCGAUGACGGUUGAUUUUUCAGUGAUUAGUACCUCAAAAUUUUCAAACCUCAAGCAACCACCCCCCUCCCCUCAACCCCUGAUAAUUAUGGUUUUUGUGGUACCAAAAAAAGACCAUUAGUACUCUAGUGUCAGUGUUUCGGCUCAGGACUCGAGCCGUGCACUUUGAAGCUGAUUCUCGUUAAUCGAAAUAUUCCAGUAUUUAACUGUUGAAACACGUCAGGAGACACGUCGUGAGCCAUGAAUGCCUCCGAACACGGGUUUAACCCAGCCUUUAACAUGGCCUCAAUAAGGCAGGCUUUGAAUGAGGCUGUUGAAAGAGUAUCAACAGUGAGAAUGCCAGCACCCACGCGGCUCAGGGAUUUGAUAAGGCAGAUAAGAGCAGCUAGAACAGCUGCUGAAGAACGUACAGUUGUGAAUAAAGAGUGUGCGUACAUCAGGUCAACAUUUAGAGAGGAGGACAGUGUGUGGAGAUGCAGAAACAUCGCAAAAUUACUGUACAUUCACAUGUUGGGUUAUCCAGCACAUUUUGGUCAAUUGGAGUGCCUCAAGCUGAUUGCCUCUCCAAGAUUCACAGACAAGCGUAUAGGAUAUCUUGGAGCAAUGUUGUUGCUCGACGAGAGACAGGAUGUCCAUUUAUUAAUCACCAAUUGCCUGAAACAAGACUUAAAUAGUCCGACUCAAUUUGUAAUUGGCUUAGCCCUAUGUACCCUGGGUGCAAUAGCAUCGCCAGAAAUGGCUCGUGAUUUAGCAGCUGAAGUCGAGAGACUCAUGAAAUCACCAAACGCAUAUAUCCGUAAGAAGGCAGCACUCUGUGCAUUUAGAAUAAUCCGUCGUGUCCCAGAGCUGAUGGAGAUGUUCCUCCCAGCAACAAGGAGUCUAUUGACUGAGAAAAAUCAUGGAGUGCUCAUUACCGGUGUCACGUUAAUUACAGAAAUGUGUGAAAACAGUGUGGAUACCCUCAACCAUUUUAAAAAGAUCGUUCCCAAUCUGGUGAGAAUCUUGAAGAACUUGAUACUCGCUGGGUACUCCCCUGAGCACGACGUGUCAGGUGUGUCCGAUCCAUUUCUCCAAGUGAAGAUUCUUCGCCUGUUGAGAAUUCUGGGGAGAAAUGAUGUCGAUGCCUCUGAAGCCAUGAACGAUAUUCUUGCACAAGUCGCCACUAACACUGAGACCAGUAAAAACGUUGGCAACACCAUCCUCUACGAGACCGUUCUCUCCAUAAUGGACAUCAAGAGUGAAAGCGGCCUGAGAGUUCUAGCUGUCAAUAUUCUUGGACGAUUUUUGCUUAACAACGAUAAAAAUAUUCGUUAUGUUGCACUUAACACACUCUUGAAAACUGUUUAUGUGGAUACGUCAGCUGUUCAAAGACAUCGAUCAACAAUUUUGGAAUGCUUGAAAGACCCGGACGUGUCGAUCAGAAGGCGUGCCAUGGAAUUAAGUUUCGCUCUCGUCAAUACGAACAACAUCAGGAAUAUGAUCAAGGAACUUCUCCUGUUCCUGGAAAAAGCUGAUCCUGAGUUUAAGGCUCAGUGUAGCAGCAAUAUUGUCAUGUCUGCUGAGAGAUAUUCACCGAACAAACGCUGGCAUCUGGAAACAUUAUUUAAAGUUCUUGUUGCUGCUGGAAAUUAUGUUCGUGAUGAUGUGGUGGCCUGCACCAUUCAAUUAAUCUCCGAAGCCCAGACUCAACAGGGAUAUGCUGUGAAUGCCCUGUGGCAUGCCCUAGAACGAGAUACAUUUGAUAAACAGCCUCUGGCCCAGGUUGCCACGUGGUGCAUUGGAGAAUACGGUGAUCUCCUUUUGUAUGGGCCACCUCCAGAGGACAUGGAAGCUCCAGUCAAUCUGACAGAAGAUGAUGUGAUAGAUGUUUACCAACGGCUCCUCUGGAGCCCUCAAAAUACUGUUGUCACCAAACAGUACACUCUCCAGUCUCUGACAAAACUCAGCACAAGAUUCCAACGAGGAAACGAGAAAAUCCGCCAGAUAAUCGACACAUUCGGUAGUAAUUUGCACAUCGAGCUGCAGCAGCGAGGGAUCGAGUUCUCUCAAUUAUUCAGAAAAUACGAUCACUUGAGGCCAGCACUGCUGGAGAGAAUGCCCCCAAUGGAGACAGCUAGACCCCAGGCGAAUGGAAUAAUUGGACUGGUUAAUGGUGAACAAGAUCUCGAGGAUGAAAAACCAGUGGAAACAGCUGUGACACCAGCUAGUGAUUCUAGUGCGCUUUUGGAUCUCCUGGGCUCCUCAGAAUUAUCCCUUCCAACUCUGACGUCUCCAGGGUCUGUGGCAACUCCAGCUGCUGGAAAUAAUGAUCUUCUGGAUCUUCUGGGGGGUCUGGACCUCUCGUCCGCUGGGACAACUGGAAAUGGUAUUGAGGAGGUGACGAGUCCAGUGGGACCUCUCGCAGGAACUGAAGCAAUUUUCAGUUCCACAUCCCCUGGAAAUUUCCUGGUUGAUGGGUUAUUCAGUGCACCUGUUCAAAAUGAAGUGCCAAGUGUUGUAGUUUUGGAUAAAGCUGGACUGAAAAUAAACUUCAAGAUGGAACGGCCAAUGGACAGUCCUGAUCUACUCAUCAUCAAUAUGACUGCUGUCAACUCAGGGGGAAUUCCACUCACUGAUUUCCGAUUUGAAGCUGCGGUUCCCCGAACAUUCCAAUUGCAAAUGCUGCCACCAUCCAGCACUGUUAUCUCACCCUCUGGACAAGUUACUCAAGUGCUGAAAGUCUCGAACAUGAAUUCAGGAAAUCUGCGAAUGCGUCUUCGUAUAUCGUACACAGGGGAUUCAGGUCCAGUCCUCGAGCAGACAGAAGUCAAUAAUUUCCCAGCCCUGGGAUCUCAGUGACAUCUCAUUACCGAUAAUCUUGUAAAUACGCCUGCUUGAAUCGAGCCCAAACCCAAUACACCAUCAAAAAUUAUAGAAAGGAGUAAUUAAUCGUGAUCUUCUUUAGAAACCAUGGGAUAUUAACCUGGAGGACGAUUUUGUCACCCACGAAGAUCGAUCUCAGAGACGAGAAAAAUAAUUAUGUGGAUUCAUUCAGUCUUGGAGUGGUGAGAAUUAAUUAUUCAGGAAAAAGUCCAGAAUUCAAUGAUUAAUUAGAAAAUGAAAUUUCAAUAAUUCAGUAAUUCUCUGACAUUCUUUAGAAACAAUUUGAUUGAUUAAUUCGAUAAUUGAAAGUCUCAGAAUUAAAUAUCCUGAAAAAAUUAACAGUUGCUGAUAGAUAUUCCUCUAGAAUCCCAUUCUUUCUAAAAUUAAACUUUUACCACUUCACUACUUAAUUGAUCAACUAAUCGUUCAAUAAAAAAAAGGCAGGAUGAGGAAUGAGUAAGAAUCACCCUCCAGGCGUAAUUUUUUUUCUACUUUGCUUGUAAUUAACAAAAAAGCUCUGUAUAUACUAGGUAGCUUAUUUCUAACCAGAAGAUUCAGCGGAAAAAAAUAUGAAAGGGAAAAAAAAAGGUUCUGAGAAAAAUAACGAUAAUCUAUGUAUCAACUAGCCAACAUAUUUUUUCUAUGUUUAAUUAUAAACAGAGGAGCUGCGACAUUUUUAAAUUGACUUUUACAACCAGAGGAUUGAAUGUUGAAUUCACUCGAUUUCCCAAGUAUUCUCCUGCCAAAUAAUUAAAAUCAACGUACUUAAUUAAAUUGUUAAUUACUCUCGAUUUUUUUUCUCAUUUCAGUAUGAAAAUUCCCUCCGUCCUUGUAAAUUAAACAAACGAUUACGAAUAAACGUCGAUUCUCUGGUAAUUUAUUAUGGAUUUUAUAAAUUAUUGAGACAAAAUGAAAUUGCUCCCAUAUUAUUUCUUAUCGUUUUAGUUUUAUGAAUGGAUAAUAAUGCGAGUUGAAAAAAAAACUUUCUUUAUAUAAUAUCGUGUAUGAAGUGGAGAUUAUCGUAAGGAAAUGAUGAAUAAUUGAUGAAAAUGAUAUGAAUAAUUGAUAAAAA